AUGGCUACAGUUCAAUCCAUCGAAGAGUGGGGAGCACCUCGCCUUCAAACAUUCCCAUUCACAGCCUUACGGCACGCUGUGAUAGGGGUCGAUGCCUCACAUUACCUCAAUCUUCGUUUGAACAGCCCAACAAGUAAUGAGCCACUAUUGAAUGCAAUUGGAGGCAUUCCAUUUACCCUAAAGUCAGCGCUACGCGAUGACCUAGAAUCAUUCAAAGCUGUUGAUGCGACCCUGAUAUUCGUCUUUGAGGGGCUUGACUACAAGAACAAGGAGCUGUAUACCUCACCAAGGACGAACACGACUCUGAAGGCUCACAAAGACGGCUGGAAAGAAUAUUACAACGAGGAGAAUGGAAAGGACGUCGCUGCAGAAAGGACGCUAAAGGCCUUCGCCAAAGCUAGCUAUCCUGUUGAGAACGUGACCAGAUACUUCCAAUCACUGCUGAGCCAGCAUUCUGUGCCAUUUAUGGUGGCUCCAUACAGUGCAGCUGCACAGCUGGCGUACCUAGAACGACCGACAUCCAACAACAAACCAGAGAACACGCAAUAUAUUGAUGCUAUUAUCGGAUCUGCCGACCUCUUCUUGUUCAAUGUCGAAAGAAUCAUCACAAACUUCAACACCCGGCAAGGACUGGCGACCUUUGACGCCCUCAGCAAGUCAGCAUGUCAGGAUAGACUUGAUAAGGUUCCUGAUGAUGUUUUCAGAGAUGUUCAGCUUCUUCUUGGUGGCCCAUUUCUUCCCACGUUUCCUUUGUUAGAUAAAACAGGUGGUCCCAAGGUAAGCGCACGAGACGCUCUUACGAUGCUGGGUGGAAGGUCGGUGAUCCAGUUAUGCCACCAAUGGCGAGAUGAUCCUCAAGUCCAGGCCCUUGACUACGAGGACAAAUACAAAAGAGCCGUACUGUCCCUGAAACAUCAUGUUAUCCUUGAUAAGGAAGGCAAAGCGAUCCUUAUGGGCUCGGAAUACGAUGCCGGCGAUGCUUACGAGUUCAUCGGCUUGCGCCUUCCUGAGGAGUUAUACUUCUAUAUUUCUCGAGCCAUGUUAGGUCCACGCGUGCCAAACUGGCUUACCUCGGGCGAAAUCGAUCUAACACUGCCAGUUGGCUGCGAGGACACUGAAGCGUAUAGACAUCUGCUGGGAAAUCAGCUCACCAGCCUUCAGAUACAGACCAUUUGCCUAUUGUCAAAUUCAAUGAACCGAUUCUAUCAGACUCGCAACAUCAAGAUCAAGACAUGGUAUGCGAGGGAGACGCAAAAAACAAUCAAUAUGAAGGAGGAGCCAUCUGUGAAGGAGAGGCUCCUGGGUUGGAAGGUUUCUGAGGCAACCUUGAGUGAGCAUCCAGAAGUAGCUGCGACCAACCAGGCGAGCUUCGCACGCUUUAUGGAGGCUUUGAAGGAACCAAAAUGUCGUCAGAUCACUACUACCAGAGGCAACUCCCCACCUUUGAAGUCGAAGCCGGAGAUACUUUUCAAUGUAAUGGGCCGCUUUUUGCAACUUCGAGAAUUCGUGAACGAGAAACAUGAACUGACAGGCUGGGGCAGGGCCUUGAGAAAGGCUCUCUCCUCCCUUGACGCCCCGGAUAAGCUCGAGGACUCGGUCUAUCUCGCAAUUGAGGCGCUACGAUUGGGCCUAUUGGAUGAGCGUCAUGUUGCGUUGGGAUCCACCAAAGCCAAAGCUGGCAACAGACGACGCAGGCCCCGUGAAGACAUUGAUAACCAAGGCCCUCUUGAUCGCGAAAUGCUAGCAUUCCAAUUCAUGAUCAAUGCUGUCAGGACUAGUCUCCGAUAUUUACUUGAGACCAUCCUUGUCAGUAUGUGCCUCAGUGGAGAAGUCGAUCGUAAUCGGAGCGACUGGUCGGAUAUUGCCUUCAGCCUUCCACUUAUGAAUGACAACGGUGCAGGACUUGCCAUUGCAGCGAGCACAUACUUUGACGACGUCAGCCGACAUGGAAAGAAAAAGGAUGAGAGUGUUCCAUCUGAUGUUACGAAAGAAGAGGUCAAGUCCAAUUUUAGUUAUCUACCACAAGCGCCAAAUAUCACGAAGAAUCUGAAGACUGCCUUCAACCUAUGGGAUGCAGUCUGCUUGGGAUCCAAAGAGGUCAGCAAGGAAGUGAAGAAUGCGAAGGCGCUAGAGGAGGCGAACGCAUGGCUCUCGACAAUGCGGUGA